AAAGCCUCGUCUUUCUCCCAUUGCGCGGCUGGGAGCUUCUGAUACCUAGGUGUUGCCUGGAGAACUAUGAGCUCACCUUUGGCCUCUCUUGGGAAGACUCGGAGAGUGCCCCUGCCAUCAGAGCCUGUGAACCCAGGGAGACGGGGGAUAAAGAUCUACGGAGACGAAGAUGAGGUGAACAUUGUGAAUGACGAUCAUGGCUCCGAAGAAAAGUUCUCAAUCUCUUGCUACAGAAGCAUGGGCGCCCCUGUGGGCAAGCAAGGCGCUGUGCUCUGUGACGCGGAUGUGACACCCUCCAUAGCACAGAGGUUGCAGGAUCUGGAGCAGCAGGUGCAGGCCCAGGCUGCGGAGAUCCUGUCCAAGGAUAAGAAGAUUCUGUCCCUGGAGAAGUUGGUGCAGACCCUGCAGCAAAGCCAGGGCAAGGAGGCCCUGCAACAGCAGGAGGAGUUGGAGAUGACAUGCACCCAGCUGCAGCGGCAGGUGGACGAGAUGGAGCGGUUCCUCAGUGACUAUGGCCUGCAGUGGGUUGGGGAGCCCAUGGACCAGGAGGACUCCGAGGGCCAGGAAGUCUCUGAGGAGAACCAGGAGGACUGGAUGACAGUCAAGAAGUUCUGGAAGCCAGGGGACUCGGCGGUGCCCCCGGAGGUGGACUUUGACAGGCUGCUGGCCAGCCUGAUGGACCUCAGCGAACUGGCGGCCGAGGGCGAGACCCAGGUGACGGCAGUUCCAGGUGGCGCGAGGCUCCGCCCCCUGGAGCCCAUCCCUUUGAAGCUGUACCGGAAUGGCAUCGUCAUGUUCAACGGGCCCUUCCGGCCUUUCCACGAGCCCUCCACCCAGCGCUGCCUCCGCGACAUCUUGGACGGCUUCUUCCCUUCGGAGCUCCAGCGACUGUACCCCCAUGGAGGCCCCUUUAAGGUGAGCGACUUUCGGAAUCAGCUCUACCCCGAGGGUGGGCUGGACCCAUUCCCAGGUGAGGGCCGUGUGGUGGGCCACGGGAUGUUCAAGGCCUCAGGCAGUGUGGACAACUCAGGCUCCCAGAUGACUGCCGAGAAGUUUCUGAACAGGCUCCCCAAGGUCAUGAUCCGCCAGGGUGAGGUGGUUGACAUCAGGGGCCCCAUUCGGGAUACCCUGCAGUACUACUGCCCGCUGCCAGGCCGCAUCCAGGAGAUCAUGGUAGAGACGCCUGCCUUGGCUGCCGAGCGUCAGAGGAGCCAGGAGUCGCCCCAGACGCCGGUGCCCCCACUCUCCAUGCUGCGCAUCAAGUCCGAGAACUGUGAGCAGGCCUUUCUGCUGAUGAUGUGGCCCAAGGACACUGUGGGGGAUGUGCGGACCCUGCUCUCGAGGGCUAGGGCCAUGGACUCCGCUGACUUUGAGAUCUUCAGCACGUUCCCACCCACGGUCUACAGUGACGACACAGUCACGCUGCAGGCCGCAGGCCUGGUGCCCAAUGCCACGCUCCUGCUUCGAGCCCGACGGGCCCCACUGCCUGUCUCCCAGGCUCACCCUGGUUCCGCUCCAGACCCUGGCCCCAGCCCCAAAUAAAGCUGCUGCUUUGCCAGGC